AUGGACUUAUUUAGAGCAAUAAAAAACAAGAUCACUGGAUCGACGAGGGAAUUUGUCAGAGAGUCUUUUACUGUCAGUACUCAGCAUAUGCCUGCUAGCAAAAUGACUGUGAAGUCCAUGGAUUGUGGAGAACUGGCAAAGGAAUCUAUUACAGAAGGUGUCUUCGCGAACUGGGCCAAGACCUCAGAGUGGUCGCGAUUCAUAUACAUUUAUAACAAAAGGUAUAUUGAAAUACGCGACAGGUCCACCUUUGCCAUCCAAUAUAUAAUCGAUAUACAUCUAUAUAAACGAAAUAACCAGAGAUUAUGUGAAAUUGUUGCCGUCACGGAUUGCGUCCUCGAAGGUCCAUGUCUUUUAAUAUGCACCACAACACGCGAUAACGACUAUACGUUCCUUCUUUUCGACAUAUGGGGGAAACUCGUAAGCGAGCUGAACAUAGUCUUCCCUCCUGAACUGAUGCCACUUAAUUCGAUGAUUAUCUCGCAAGGCGUUCACUAUGAACAAGAUACCAAAUGGCUAAGAGAACAGGGACACAAUCCCGCGGACAAGUACUAUUUGAUUGUGUGUGCCGCCGUUGGAGGAGUGGCCGUAUGGCGAUUAUUCCCAUCGCGAGACGCUUACGACGAGUAUUACCCGACAUACACUAUAGCUGAGAAUCAUCAUUCAGGGUUAAAAGACGGAAGCGCCUGUACGGCCAUAAGCAUAUCAAUACCGACAACAUCUCAAGAGCGUGGCAGGACAAAUAAGGAUACUGGUGCAAAGCUGAUUUUUGCAGGAAGCGCUCAAGGAAAUGUAGAGAUAUUUACAUAUAAGCCUGAAGGGCGAAUAGAUUCUCUUCGGUCUAUUGCUACACCAUCAGCUGGAGCUCCAAUAACCCAUCUAUGCUUUACCCCGGCAUCCAUACCGACAACGCAUUUUUUCGGUACACUCACUGUCGGACAUUGCGGAACCAAAAUUUCCAUACCACAUCGUGCUGACGUUAAUCCUGACGCCAUGGAUAUCGCAUUAACUGACGAAGGCAGCGUAGCGAUUACCGAGGAGGAAGAUAGUUAUGAUGUAAUAAAUCACGACGCUUUUGAAGAUACAAAGGCUAUGCCUGCCUCUAUUUCAGACGGUGCAUCGAAAAGGAAAUUGCCGUUUGUAGUAUUAUACGCUAUUGGAGACGAUAAUGUUGACACAAUCGGCAACGCAUCCGUGGGAGAAGAUGGAGAGAAUGGGGAAGUAACUGCUUUAGCAGCUGGAAAGGUGGGGAAAGAUCGUGAUGAGCUUGUUGCGUUUGCUGCGGCAAUACAAGUGGAAGUAAUGCAAGAUAAGAGGAUAAGGAACAAGAAAAAGUUGAUUAGUGGACGAGUGCAGGGAAAUGAUCAUCAGCUUCAAGUCAGGUUGACAGAUGUUACGAAUAUUGGAGCCGUUGUAUUGGAUAUUGAUGUCCCGUCUAGUGAUUCUAAAUUAUUCCUCUUGACUGAGGAUCGCACUCACUACUAUGAUCGGGAUCACGAAAUGGAUUUGAUGACAAUCAAUUACGAUACAGCUCCUCGCUUCGAUGAAUGGUUUGAGGAUUGGGCAUACGAACCAGAAAGAAUAAACGAUAUCAACGCAAGACGAAGCAGGAUGGAAAAUGAGUUAAUGUUUGAUAAACUAUUACAACAUGCAGUGGUUCCGGUCGAAUUAUAUCCUCCACAGACUUCGCAAGACUUUCGUGCGUUAAUUGAUUCCAUUUUAGCAAGUCAGGAUUUGGGAGAACUACGGCGGCAUUGCCUUAUCUAUUAUCUGUUGAAGGAUGUUGAAGGCUCUGGAAAAAGUCAAAAAUAUGCGGCUCGAUUCUUAAUUCCUCCUCAAUGGCUGUGUCUAAUGGACGGAUAUUGGUAUUUAGAUCAUCAUCAAUUUGAGGAAGCAAUAAGAUUCCUAAGUGAGCCCGAAGUCAUGGUUGAUUAUCCUGAAAAGAUACUCCAGACUCUUGUAAACAAUGCUGGACCUCGUAUAGCCGUCCUUUUUCUCAAUAUAUCGCAUGAAUGGUUUGAUAAUGACGAUUUCCACACGAAAGAAAUGGAUAUUCUAUGUCAGAUUGAUUUAUGUGAUGCUCUAAUGUUCCAAAGGGAGAAAGUACAACCAAACAAAGAGAUAACGGGGGACUCUUUGUUUCACCAAUUACUUGACUUUGUAUUCUCUAAUCCCAGGCCCAAGCUACUAAAUCAAUUGCUUGACCUUCCAUACAACGCGGCCGAAACAGAAUACCUGCGAAGUUAUUGCAAAAAGGAAAAUCGGCUUGCUACCAAAGACUUUCUCGUUAUGUUCGAUCUUCAUCAUGGAAAUCAUGCGGCGGCAAUCAGACUGCACGAGAAGAUGGUUCGCGAUAUGUCAAUACAAGGGGUGCCAAAACAUCUCGCCAAGAGAAGCAAAGUAAUUGGAGAGAUUAAAAAUAUUUUGCCACCUAUUGAAUUAAAAAUCAUGGAAGAUGAAGAAGAGUUGGAAAUAGUUGAACGUGAGGAGGAUCGAAAUGUUGAGGAGGAACUGCAAUUCCCAACGCCAUCUUCACCAAUCGAAACACCUCCUCAAACGACCCCGCGACUACCCAAUCACUCACCGUUUUCUCCCCGUUCAGAAACACAAAAAGGACAGAAGACACCCUGUUCUCCAUCAACGUCGAUGACAAUAACGCGAGAAUCUUUACGUAAACGAGUGCCGAAUAAACAUCCAUAUCCAACAUCAUCAUCAAAAUCAAGACAUUCGAGAUCAGCUACUCAGACUCCUGUCAAUUCAUCGCAUGGACGACGAGCGGCAUCAUCAAGCAAGAUUAAGAAUGCUGCUGGGACAGAUGGAGAAAAUAAUGCUAAUACGACACCUAAUAAUUCUAUAGCGAGUGCAAAGUCGUCAUCCAGUGUCGAUAGGAGAGUUACACGCAGCAUGACUAAGGCUGGAUACAAUGAUUUUACGAAUACUUCAUAA